AAGAGGAGGCACGUCAGCGCUCCCACUUCCUCCCGACACCGCCUCUGAUUGGCUCCUGGGCGCAUAAGAAACCCGUGAAUGAGUGGCUGACCCUUACAAAAACUUGCCGGAGGUCUUUGGGUGGCACCGAUCUCUCCUCCGCGUCCACCCGCGGGCACGCCGAGCCGGAGGAGGAUGAGGUCGUCCUGUGUCCUGCUCACCGCCCUCGUGGCGCUGGUUGCUUAUUACAUCUACAUCCCCCUGCCCAGCUCCGUGUCGGAUCCCUGGAAGCUGAUGCUGCUGGACGCGACUUUCCGGAGCGCACAGCAAGUGAGCAACCUGAUACACUCCCUGGGCCUGAGCCAUCACCUGCUUGCACUGAAUUUUAUCAUCAUUUCUUUUGGCAAGAAAAGCGCGUGGUCAUCAGCUCAGGUGAAGGUGACCGACACUGACUUUGACGGGGUGGAAGUCAGAGUGUUUGAGGGCUCCCCGAAGCCAGAAGAGCCUUUGAAACGCGGCAUUAUCUACAUCCACGGAGGAGGCUGGGCUUUGGCCAGUCCAAAAAUCCGGUAUUAUGAUGAGCUCUGUACAGCAAUGGCUGAAGAAUUGAAUGCUGUCAUUGUCUCCAUUGAAUACAGACUAGUUCCAAAGGUUUAUUUUCCUGCACAAAUUCAUGAUGUUGUGCAUGCCACGAAGUAUUUCCUGCAGCCAGAAGUCUUACACAAGUAUUCGGUUGACCCAGACAGAAUUGGUAUCUCUGGUGACAGUGCUGGUGGGAAUUUGGCCGCUGCUGUGGGCCAACAGUUUUCUCAAGAUGCCAACCUCAAAGACAAGCUCAAGGUACAAGCUUUAGUUUACCCAGUCUUACAAGCUUUAGAUUUCAACACACCAUCUUACCAGCAAAAUGUGAACAUGCCGAUCCUGCCCCGUUAUGUCAUGGUGAAGUACUGGGUAGACUACUUCCAAGGCAACCAUGACUUUGUCCAGGCAAUGAUAGUCAACAACCACACUUCCCUUGACGUGGAAGAGGCUGUUGCCCUCAGGGCCCGUCUAAACUGGACAUCCCUCUUGCCGGCCUCCAUCACAAAGGACUAUAGGCCCGUCAUACAGACCACUGGCAACGCUAGGAUUGUGCGGGAGAUUCCUCAGCUGCUGGAUGCCCGGGCAGCCCCUCUCAUCGCCGAGCAGGAAGUCCUGCGGCACCUCCCAAAGACCUAUAUUCUGACAUGUGAGUACGACGUCCUAAGAGACGAUGGGAUCAUGUACGCCAAGCGUCUGGAGAGCGCAGGUGUGGAGGUGACCCUUGAUCACUAUGAGGAUGGUUUCCACGGCUGCAUGAUUUUCACCAGCUGGCCCACCAACUUCUCAGUGGGAAUCCGGACUAGGAAUAGUUACAUCAAGUGGCUGGAUCAAAACCUGUGAACAAGUCACAUUUUUAGAGUGCGUGAGCCCCUCUUGACCUCCUGCACCUGCUUCGGAAAUUGAUGCACUUUUUAGUUGACUGAUUUCUCCCGGUGACUUGUGAGUGAUGUAAUCUCUAUUCCUUGCAUACCCUGUGUGAAUUUAAUUUCUGGAAAUGUGCUUAACUAAUGUACAUACAAAAUGUCUGAGGCUGGUUCUCAAAGCAGGCCAGUCUCUCUGUUCUUGUUGUUUUAGCCAAACUACUACCAAUACUCACGGCUGCAGAGAACAGGACAAGGAGCUGAAAUAGCUUUGGGUUCUGUCUUCCUCAAGAAAAAUCUUUCUAGAAGAAAUUCUUCCAGCUGUGGAUGACAUAGUGACCUUUAAUGACUAAAGAAAAUGUGGGCUCUUCUUCAACUUGCUAGGGUCUACUUUAAGUUCAGAGCAGUGUUACCUGUGUGCACGUAAAGGUCAGUGCUGGGUACCAAGUGCCCUCUGUUCUUUACAGAUAGAUGGUUUUGUUUCCUAUGGGAAUUUCGGCAAAGGUGUUCUAGCAAGGACAAGUUUCUCAAAUGCCUUUCUUCCUUUAGAGCAUUGAUGUUAUGGGAUAGCUAUCUCUAAGUCCAGUUGGAUUAGAACAAUACUUGAAAGUUACUUUCUACCACUAUUAUUAGAAAAUAUAGUCGCAUGGACUGGAAAUCUUGUACAUUGCUACAUUUUUUGGGUAUGCUCUCUCCAUUGGGGAGAUCUUCUGGGAGCAAAUUCAUUUAGAUUUAGGAUAAAUCUUCCAGUACAGAACAAGUAAAAACAGACAAACGAACCAACCUAUUUAUUUUCAUAAGUAAUACUUCUGACAUAAAUUACCAAAAGCAGUGUGUAAUAUAUUUGGCAUAGUCAGGAAAGAAGAUACAUUUAAUAUUGAAAUUAUGAAAAAUAUCUUCAGAGGGUCUAGUUUAUUCUUGAAAACUCAAUUUUUUCCACUUACAUGGCUUUAAAAUGGGGCUAUUUUGGUAUAUAUGAUGUAUUGUUUAUUUUUUUAAGUUAUUUAAUGUUAAUAUAUAUAGCUAGACUUAAGAUUUUUCAAAAUAAUGUCUAUAAUGAAUAUUAAAAAUAAUGAUAUUUUUAAAAAAAGAAACUACCUUAGAAUUAUAUCCACAUGUAAUUUUAUGGAAAGAGGUAAAGUAGCUAUUAAUACUACUACACAUUAGGCUUAAAUAUUUUGAUGCUUAUAUGCAAUCACAAAUUAGAAUAAUUAGAAACUAUGACUACACCUGGUAAAGUCGUCUAAGUUUCUAGCUCAGUAACUUCAGUAAGACACACACUGCUCAUUUCUGCCCUCCUCUGUGGUCAGAGGAACACUAGAUCAUAUUCUGCGGGGUGACGCGUACAUCAGCACCUGGUGCCUUUACCUCUUCUUAUCUCCUUCCAGCCUGGUCUCGAAGUUACGAUACCCCAAGCUCCACUUCGUGUAAAGCCUUCACUGCCAGUGGGAACAUCUUUGGCAUAGGAAGGGACUCCAAUUCUGGGUUGAGUACUUCUGCCCUCCUUCCUGCCCCUCUGACCACUGCCCCACCACACACACAUCCGUGCCCCCCCACACCU